AUGGCCUCUUCAAAACACUCUUCCGAUAUCCCGAACACAGAUAUCAAGCAGUCUGCUGACCAUGAACAAAUGGGUACAGGCUCAUCACAUGUCAUCACGGACGGUUCCAUCGUCCAGUCUUCAGAUCCUAGUACAAGACCAGAUGCGUCAUAUACAGAGAAGCUCAAAGGAAAUCUGGCAGGUGCUGUGAAGGGAACUGUCGGAAGCUUGCAGGCAACCACUGGAACAGUGACAAGGAACAAGGAGAUGGAGCAGAAGGGGCUGGACAAGAUGCAGGAAGAAGAUGAGAGGUUGGGCGCGAAGAGAGGGAGUGGACAGAGGAUGACGAAGACUACUGAUCCUGAAGCUUGA